AUGGGCAAGCUGGACUACUAUUUUGAGGAGUAUUCCGGCUGGAGUCUAAGCCGCGAGGAGCUGAAGCGCUCCUUCGAUGAGGCCAAGAGGUCGUGCAAUACAUGCGCUCUGGUCGUCAUCAAUCCGGGCAAUCCCACCGGUCAAGUGCUAACCUGCGAUAACAAUGAUAACGGACUGAUUCUGCUGUCCGAUGAGGUGUACCAGGACAACGUUUACGACAAGAACUCCAAGUUCUACUCUGGUCGCCUACGAGAUGGCACCACCGCCGGUCAGGUGGCCGUCAGUGCUCUGGUUAAUCCACCCAGGACCGGCGAGCCCUCCUACGAUCUAUUUCAAAAAGAGAAGAGCGCCACCCUAGUGGCCGUCAAGGAGCGCGCAGAGCUUGUCCACAAGACGCUCAGCAGUUUCGAGGGCUACAAGGUGAACCCCGUCCAGAGGCCAAUGCACGUGUUUCCCCAGAUCGAGAUCCCACCCAAAACGAUCCCGGUAGCCAAGGCCAGGGGCAUGGCUCCCAAUGCGUUCUACGCAUUCGAGGUCCUCGAGAGGAGCGGUAGCUGUAGCGGAUUCGGGCAAAAGCCCAAAACCCGCCAACUAUCACUUCCGCAGCACGAUCCUGCCGCAGGCGGACAGGCUGAAACUGAUGAUAGACACUUGGCCCACGGAAAGUACAUUGAGUUUCUUAAGAACUAA